ACAAAUUCGAGAGAGUUGGGAAUCUGGUCUACUAGUUUUACCGCAUGCUGCCUGUGCUCGACUCCAUGAUGUCGGAACUGAUUAUAAUUAGACAUAAUCCAAGUUGUAUCCUGUUGGAAUUAUUUUAUUAUCAUAUAUAGGAAAGAAAAUUAUGUUUAUUUAACAUUUUUAAAAUGGGGAACUGUUUAUGUCCAGAUAACUCCAAUCUGAAUAAUUCGGCUACAGAACCUGCUUUGCAUACCCAGCCUCCCCAGCUAAAACCACCGGAGUCAAACGGGGCAGUUGUUUCUCUGAGUCAAGUGACAAUUACAACACCGCCACCAGCAUCUUCUCCUGUAGUAAAUCCAUUGACAGUUCUCCCACAGCCAGGUCCGACUCCAGACUCGAUCCACAACACUGUCAAAACAUUUGUAGCUCUGUAUGAUUAUGAUGCUAGAACUGAUGAAGAUCUCAGUUUUCGUAAAGGGGAGCAUUUAGAAAUAAUUAAUGACACCCAGGGUGAUUGGUGGCUUGCAAGAUCAAGGACAACGAAAAAUGAAGGCUAUAUACCAUCCAAUUAUGUAGCCAAACUUAAGAGCUUAGAAUCUGAGCCAUGGUAUUUUGGAAAAAUUAAGCGAGUUGAAGCUGAAAAGAAAUUGUUAUCUCCAGAAAAUGAACAUGGGGCAUUCCUUAUCAGGGACAGUGAGAGCAGGCGCAAUGACUACUCACUAUCUGUUCGAGAUGGAGACACUGUGAAGCAUUAUAGAAUUCGACAAUUGGAUGAGGGAGGGUUUUUCAUAGCUCGACGGGUCACUUUCCGCACCUUAUCAGAGUUAGUAGAUCACUACAACCUAGAAGCAGAUGGUCUAUGUGUCAAUUUACGAAAGCCUUGCACACAGAUAGAAAAGCCUCAAACAAUUGGAUUAUCCUACAACACCAAAGACCAAUGGGAAAUUCCUAAAUCUUCCCUAAAAUUGCUGAGGAAUAUUGGACAUGGACAGUUUGGGGAGGUUUGGGAAGGUUUGUGGAAUAGUACCACCCCAGUGGCUAUCAAGACUCUCAAGCCAGGUACUAUGGAUCCAAAAGAUUUCCUGGCUGAGGCUCAGAUAAUGAAGAAGCUCAGGCAUCCAAAGCUGAUACAGCUAUAUGCAGUUUGUACACAAGAUGAGCCAAUUUACAUCAUUACAGAACUCAUGCGGCAUGGAAGCUUACUUGAAUUUUUACAAGGCAAAGGCAGAACACUUAAACUUCCACAAUUGAUUGACAUAGCAGCACAGAUUGCAAGUGGCAUGGCCUAUCUUGAAUCACAGAACUACAUACACCGAGAUUUGGCAGCUCGUAAUAUACUCGUAACAGACAAUAACACUGUCAAAAUAGCUGACUUUGGACUAGCCAGAGUAAUAAAGGAGGAUGAAUAUGAAGCAAGGGUAGGAGCUCGCUUUCCCAUUAAGUGGACUGCACCUGAAGCAGCCAACUACAACAGAUUUACCAUCAAGUCAGAUGUUUGGUCAUUUGGAAUUCUCCUUACAGAAAUAGUUACAUAUGGAAGAAUACCAUAUCCAGGAAUGACAAAUGCAGAAGUCCUACAUCAAGUGGAACAUGGAUACAGAAUGCCUUGCCCCCCAAAUUGUCCCAAACCACUGUAUGAUAUAAUGCUGGAAUGUUGGAGGAAAGAGGAGAUGGAAAGACCAACAUUUGAAACCUUGCAGUGGAAAUUGGAAGAGUUCUUUACCAUGGAGGGGACAGAUUACAAGGAAGCAUCCAGUGUUAAAUAAAGUCCCACCUCUAAAUAGUCAUAUUUUGCCUAACGUUGUCUGUGUUCAUUGUAAUUACAUUAUUAAAAUGAGUGGACUUUUCUUACAAAGAGCUGUUGUGAUCCACAAGGGAACGUGACAGAAAUAUCUUACUAUAUAUUCGGCUUAUUAAUUUUACUAAUCUGUGUUUGGUGAAACUUGGUGAUGUUAAUAUUUUAAAGCCUACUUAGAGGAGUGAAUUUUGUAUAACUUUGUUGUUUUAUCUAGUCAAAAUUAAUUCUUUCAAGGAACAGAGAGUACUGACUGCAAUAUUUCUGUUUCUUAUGAAAAGUAAACAGUUGAAAAGACAGUUAAGCAAAUAUUAAGCUUUGAAUUGCUUUUCAACUUCAAUAUUUUUGCAAAACAAUUUUUUAUAAGUUCACCUAAGCUGAAAGCUCAAGUGAGCUUUUCUGAUAUUUUUUGUCUGGCAUACAACUGUCUGUCCCUCCUUCUGUCUGUCUGUCUGUCCAUCUGUAACUUUUUACAUUUUAAAAUUUUUCUCCACCACUGGGCCAAUUUUAAGCAAGCUUGCUACAAAGCUUGUUCAAGUUUCUUCAAAUGAAGGACCACAACCUCUUUCAAGGGGAGGUAAUUAAGAAUAAUUGAAAAUUUAAUGGCACCAUUUUAACAUCUCAAAAACCACUAGGCCAGAAAAGAUUAAACCUAAGUGAAAGCUUUAUUAUAUAGAGCAGAUUCAAGUUUGUUCAAAUCAUGAUGCCUGGGGGUAGGACAGAGCCACAGUAGGCAGUCAAAAUACACAGAGAUAUAAAAGAAAAACUUUAAAAAUGUUUAAAAGAACAGCAAAACUAUGAUAAGUCUUAUCCAUAUGGAAUCAUCUUCAGGCAGUGUAGAUUCAAUUUUUUUUUUUAAAUCACGGCCCCCAGGGUAUAGAAUUUGGCAACAAAGUAGGUGAUCAUAGUUUAACAUAGGAAUAUACUGUGGAAUCGCUAGAUUUCAUGGUGGUUCAAUGUUCGUAGAAUUCAUCAUGGAUACCCUUCAACAAAUUUACAUCCUCAACAAAUUAAAGUUUUUAUAAGUAAACAUUUUUAUAGGAAAGAUGUAUAACAAAAAAGAGAAUAAUUUAAACUUCAAUAUUUAUAAACAAAUUGUUUCACACGUGUUUAUACUUAGGUAAAUGGUUGAAUUAGGAAAAAAAAAUAAAUACCAUAUAAAUUCAAUGGAAUUUUCAAAUGUUAUUUUUGAAAUUAAUUGUGUAAGUCUUGAUCAUAAUUGCCCCAUUUGUGAAAGCUGCUUUUGAUCAGAUCGCAGUUUCACUUUUCUGCGAUUCGACACAGCUUUUCCGCGAAAAAAUCCUGCUUUUAAGUGAUGUUAUACUGUUUCCACAAUUAUAUUUUUUGCUUUUCCGCCACUUUUUUUCCGUACCUCUUCCUUUAGCCAAAUAAACCCUGAUAAACCCUGUUGCCCCUUGCUUACUACGGUUGUAAUCCUGGAUUUGCAUAUUUUAUCUAUGCUGCAUAGACAUUACCAUUCUUUAAAACAUUGACCUUUCUAUAUGUAAAUCCAUUGUAUAUUUGUUGCCGCGAUUUGUUUUUAGCUCACCUGAGCUGAAAGCUCAGUGAGCUUUUCUGAUCACCUGUUGUCUGUCGUCCGUCCAUCUGUCUAAACUUUUCACGUUUUUAUCUUCUUCUCAAGAACCACUGGGCCAAUUUUAACCAAAGUUGGUAUACAGCAUCAUUGUGUAAAGGAGAGUUUAAAUUGUUAAAAUGAAGGGGCCAAGCCCCCUUACAAGGGGAGAUAAUCAGGAAAAGACAAAAAUAUGGUGGGUUCAUUAAAAAGUCUUUUUCUCAAGAACCACUGGGCCCGAAAAGGUGAAACUUAGGUAGAUGCAUGCUGGGGUAGUGUAUAUUCUUAAUUGCUCAAAUCAUGACCCCCAGGGAUAGGGUGGGCCCACAAUAGGGAAUCCAAGUUUUACAUUGAAAUAUAUAGGAAAAAUCUUUAAAAAUCUUCUCCUCAAGAACCACUGCGCCAGAAAAGCUGAAACUUAUGUGGAGGAGGCUUUCUGAGGUAGAGUAGAAUCUAAAUUGUGCAAAUCAUGACCCCGAGGGGUAGGGUGAGGCCACAAUAAGUAUUAUAAGGGGGAAAUCUGAUGAAGAACAGCAGGGCCAAAGUUACUCGGGUGAGCCUUGUGGCCCAUGGGCCUCUUUUUUGUAUGAACAAUUUCCAUAACGUCUAAAACCUAUCAAGACCCAGUGUAAAAUAUGUGGUUCAUUCAAUUUUUAUCACAGUGUGAAUUAAUACUCACUACCUAGUAUAAAACUCUAUGGGGGAAAUACAGGUAAAUAUUGGCAGUUGUUUGAUGUUUAUUCCUAACCAUGACCAUUAAAAAAGAAAGGAGGUAUUAAAAAAAGGAGAUAACACAUAACGUAUAGUAAAAACCAAUCGCGGAAAAGCAGUAUGGAGUAAUCCCAGAAAAGCAGACAGGUUGCGAAAAUAAAUUCAUGGAAAAGCAGUUCAGCUGAUCAGAUUGUUUUGAGUAUGGGUGUAAUUACCCAAUUAGCAAGUAGUGGUUUUUAAUAUUAUCUGUACAUUCUCAUGGUCUUGUCCAGUUAUUUUAACACUUAGAUACCCUUGUAUUCAUAAUGUGUGGCUAUAGAGCGAUACAUACAGGCAACAGAAAUAAAUAAAAGUUUUAGGUUGAUUUUCAAUUUUUCAAUUAUAUUGUAUUUAUGAUGGGUAGAAAAAAACCUAGCAUAUUAAUUAAUGCAAUCUUCUCUCAAGGUGAGAUAUAGGAACCACUCUGUCAGUGAAGAUAAAAAUUAUAUGAAAGAUUCCUGAUAAAGUGUAGAUUUAAGGUUCUUCAAGUCAAGGUGGAAGAUUUAGUUGUGCUGGUGAAAUAUUAUUUAAUUUACAUAUAACAGGGCCAAGGUGACUCAGGUGAGCAUUGUGACCAAUGAAUCUUUAGAUGCUUUUUAAAUUUCAAAAAUGACACUGAUGUGAUUAAUGUACUUAGUGCAAAAUAUAUCAGUAAUUUUUUAAAACUUUGAUAUUUACAAUUUUAUGCCUCUUAUUAUUUUAGAAUUUGUUUCUCUAAUAUUUUUACUCAAGUUGUUAGUUCAAAUGAGCCUUUCUGAUCAUUGUGACCCAUUGGGUCUUUAUUAUUCAUACAUCAAUUUUACAUUUCUUGGAUAUACAAAUGCACAUAUUUUCAUCUAUAGUUUACAAGAAUAAAGAAAGACUGUGGAAUGUAGGUGGAUAGAAAUGUUCUGUAAAUUUACUGGCGUGAAUAUCAUGUUCUUUUGUUAUGCUUUAUUAUAUCUUAAUACCUAAAAGUAUCAAUGCAUAUCAAGUCAUGUAGCAUAUGUUUUAGUCCUUGUUUAAGGCUUCUGGUCAAAAUUGUUGACUCUCAUUGUCAGGAUCUUCUCAAGAGCAGUAUGCAAAUUUCACCAAACUUAGCACAAUGUUUCUUUGUGUGAAGAGGAUUCACAUUCUUUAAAUAAAGGGUCAUGCUUCUUUCAACGUGAGAUAAUCAAGGUCUAAAUUCAAAUGUGUUCAAUAAUGCCCCCCCUUAGAAUGGGAUCACUUUAGGGAUAAUUUUAUACUUUCAUUGGAAUAUAUAGGGAAAUAUCUUUUUAAUUUUCUAAUUCUUAAGACCAGCAGGCCACAAUUAGUCUAUAAUUUAAUGAUGCACCACCAAGCAUUCUCAGGUAGUGCAGAAUCCAGUUUGUUGAAUUCAUUACCCUCAGGGGUGGGGUGGGACCAAAAGAGGAAUAAAGUUUUUGUAAGAAUAUAUAAGAAGAAGUGUUUAAAGAUUUCCUUUUCUGGAAUAGUAUGAUUAUGAUAAGACAUUUAAGCAUCCUCAUGUAGUGCGUAUUAAAGAUUAUAUAAAAUGCAGAUCCCCAAGGAUAGGAUGAGUCUGCAAUAAGGUAUGGAAAUUUCACAUUAGAACUUAAAAAAAUCAUUAAGAAUCAUCAUUUCAAAAACAGCAGGGUCAUGAGUGGUCAUAUUGAUAUGCUAGCAUCCUCAGUUAGUGCACAUAAGAUUUUGUUUAAUUCAUAGCCCCAGGGGAUAGGAUUGGGCCAUAAAAGAGGUUAAAAAAUUUUCAUUAGAAUACAGAGGAAUUUUUUUAAAUCUGAUAACAGCAUGGCUAUGGUGAUUUAGUUGAGCACUGUGGCCCAUGGGCCUUUUGUUCUAUUUGACCAGAGCAUAUACAGAUUCAUCAUACAGAAAAUUGCAGACAGCCUUAUAAACAUGUCACAGUUAUAAAAAUAAUUGAUAUAUUUGUGUUCUUUUCUGUAUUUUUUUUUUUGGCUUGUACAAGAUGAUUUUAGGUUGUGAGAAUUUCAAGAUUUAGGUUGUAUUUAAACUUAUUUUAUUUUAAAAGUUGUGCCAAAAACAAUUUAAAAGACAAAGAGAUGUGAAAUUUUGAAUAUCACAUUUGCUGAACUUAUCCAAGUUGUUUGAAUUUUACAUAAUGUUUACUUUACAAAAUGAAUUGCAUUUUAAUUUUUUUUUCAUUCUCCAUGAAAUACUUUGAAUCAUUUUCAUGUGCUUUAUCAUAAAUAGUUAUACUGCUGUAUCUCAUGGUUUUCUGAAAGUAGAAGAAAACAAUGUUUGCACCUUUUGUAUGUAUUUAAUGAUUGCUUUGCAUAUUUACUUGCAUAUAUAUGUGUAUAGUUUCUAGCUCACCUGAGCCAAAGGUUGUUGGUUGAUAGUCUAUCUGUCUAUCUGUAUCAUCUAAAAACUGGAAUCUUAUGCCAUCUUCUCCAGUACCACAGGGCAAUGUCAGUCAAACUUGCCACAAAACAUCUUGAUGAAAGAAAGAUUAACACCCUCUUCCUAGGGGAGAUAAUUCAUAUUUGGUGAAAAGAUUUUAUUGUCAUUUUUAAAUCUUAAAAAUAGGUAUGCCAAAAUAGAUAAAAAUUGUGUGCUGUUAUAUUCUGCAACUUGUUCAAUUUCUGGACUCCGGGGCUGGGAUGGACUGCAAUAUGGGUGAAAGUUUUAUAUAGGAAUCAAAAGGGAAUAUCUUUAAAAAUCUUCAUUUCAAGAAUUUAUAGUGAUAUUUAUGAUAUUGACAUACACAUAAUCUUUUGACUUGUGUACAUUUAAAUCAUGGAGUGAUGAGGUUAAAUUUUUUUGGAGCAGGUCCAUUCCCAAGUAAUUAUAAGCUCUAACCUGGACCAACCUUGAACAGAUAUGUACAGGGAUGUACACUAUAAGACUUGCUUUGGAUGGUGGAUUUAACCUACAUUAUUGAUGAGUGACCAGGUUGAAGUUUUGGAUCAAGUCUUUUGUUAAGUAACUAUAAACCCUACCUGGACCAAAGAGCAAGGGCCACUUAGGGCCUUUUUUGGUCCUGUUAAUUUCUGAAAAAUUGAAACUGCUCAGUUUUGCUUGACAAUGCAGUAUUUAUCACUUGGACCCUUGGUGAUCGUUUCUCUAUUGAAUAUGACGUAAUUUUCUCUCUAGUCAAUCCAUUAUGAUGUCAUAAAAUGCAUCAUUUUUAGCAUAUCCUGUAAACUCCUCUAAAACUGGCUUAAAUUUGAAGUAUUUUUUCAAUAUUUCAUAUGGAGCACUACCUCUGAUCCAAAAUAUGCAAUUACUUAAUGAAAGAUCUGUUUCUGAAGAUCAUGAAACAUGCUUUAAUUUUUGGAUUGAGGGCUGUGCUCAUAUUUUAAUUCUUUGCUGAAGGUAGUGAAAUACGCCUGUUUUCUGCAAAAUUCAAGAACACUGCAUUUUCAUAAAGCCUAUUUUCUGAUAACUGAUUCUCAAAAAGAAAUUUUGUCAUAGGAAAAGGGAGCACUAAGUCUCUACUUAAUUUUGACAUAUGAAAUGGGACAGAGGGUGAUAGUCAAUUAAUUGAUAUAAGGACAGGGCCAUUUUAUGCACAAAGUGAACUUAGCUCUUUGCAUGGAUAAUGCACAAGGAAUGGACACUACCAAACUCACUUUGAAUGCUUUAUCUGAAAUGCAUUUUUGGGUGUGCAAACGAGUUAUUGUUUUUGGAGCAGGUCCAUCCCAAAGUAAAUAUAUGCCUAUUACCUAUACCAAACCUGCAAGGACAGUGCAUUAAAGGAUGCAUAAUAACCUACAUGCUUUGUAUGCUGACCUGACAUAUUUUCAAGAUGAAUGAAUAUCAGCCCUAGUCAAAACCAAGCUGACAUGGAUGAAGUAUCUAGGGUUGGACACUACCAGAUUUACUUUGAUACUUUAUCAUACCUACAUUUUCCAGAUGAGUGAUCAGAAUAACAUUUUCAUGCAAGACCAUUCCCAAGUAAUAAGUUCUUCUAAAACCAAACUUGCAUGGAUAUUAAUCUCAGGUUUUCAGACUAAUUAAAAAAAUGGUAUGAGAUUUUGUCUUACCUAAAGAUAUUAUUUGUUGAGUUGAGCUUUGUAAUCUUUGAUUUUCUGUGUAUUAUAUAGCAGUAUAUUUGAGAUCCUUGAAUUUUUAAGAUUAGCAGGGCCACAGUAUGUAAUAUAUUCAGGUUUGUUCAAAUUGAUGGUAAAAUGGAAAGUAGGGGUAGUAUAGGUUGAACUGUGUUCUAUUCAUCAAACGGGGGAUAAGAUGGGGCAGCAAUAUUUGGUUAAAUCUGCAUAAGGAUAAUUAUAGUUAAAAGUCUAUAAUAAGCUCCUUCUAAACAACAGCAGAUCAAAAAGCCAUCUUAGUAUCUAAGUAUCUUCAUGAAGUAUAUAGAGUAAAAUUUGUUUAGUGUUUGGAUUAAAUUUUGACUAGUGUGGGUUCACAAAGAGGGUCAAUAUUCCUGUGUGGUAAAGCAUUUGUUGAAAUAUGGCCCUGGCAUUUGUCGAAAUAUGGCCCCUGAGGUGGAGUUGGGGCAUGUAGGGGGAAUAUAUAUGUAUAUAUGAAACUAAACUAUGAAAACUUUUUAAAAAAAAAACCAGAAGAGUCAUAAGUGAAAUAUCAGGAAGAAAAUGGUGACUCAGGUGAGCUUUGAUGCCCAUAGUCAUAUUUUUUUUUGCACUGCAGGUUGUAUUGUUGAUUGUUAGGUUAGUUUUCAUCCUCCAAAUACAUGUACAUGUAUUCUUUGCAUUACCACUCUUUCUCAGAUUAUAGAGAACUAUGUACUGUAACUAUGGAUAAUUUAUAUCCCUUUCUGAGUGCACUGUAUACUUGUCAGUACUUAUUGUUGUGUGUAAUGUCUAAUAAUAAAAGCUAUUAAGUA